AUGGCCAUUUAUUCAUUCUGGAUCUUUGACAAGCAUUGUAACUGUAUAUUCAACCGAGAGUGGACGCUGGUGGCUAACAGCUCGAGCGGGACGAUAAACUCCAAGCAAAAUGAAGAGACAGCUAAGCUGUUAUACGGUAUGAUAUUCUCUCUGCGGUCAAUUGCACUCAAAUUAUCGAAGGACUCGACCGGCAAUGACAUAAGAAGCAUUUCGACAGGUAAAUAUCGAAUACACACAUACUGUACAGCGUCGGGACUAUGGUUCGUGCUGACAACUGAUUUCAAGCAGCAGUCCUACAGCCAGGUGCUGCAAUACAUCUACAGCCACAUUUAUGUGAAGUACAUAACGCACAACUUGCUCUCUGCUUUUGACCUUGCUGAGGACGAGAGUGAGACCAGAGGCCAGGGCACAAAAAAGAUAGCAAAUAGGAACUUCAUUACCGCUUUGGAAUCUUUCCUGACGCCAAUGGUGGCACAAUGA